AGACAAUAUCAGUUGUAAACGUAGUGUAAUGUAAACGUUGUAGCCGUCGCUCUUCAUCCGCGUUUUAUACGUGCUAAUCAGAAUUCCGUUGGAAUCUUCUUUAGAGCACACGUACAUCGCUGAAGACAAGUAUGAAGUUUCUGCUUCUCCUAUUUAUCCUGGGAGCUUGUUUAUCAGUACCAACACUUGCGGGUUUUUGCUGCCGUCAAUUGAAACUAGAACGUAAUGGAAAAACUAUUUUGCAUCCAUUCUGUUAUUCGUGCAUGGCUCCCUACCAGAAUAAGAUUUUCUUUAUCAAGACCACUUGCCAAGCGUGGUGCAACAUGCAUUAUCGAAAACUGAAUUAGAACAAACAACACCAGCAAGACGAUGCAGGCGAUAAACUACAAAAACAACGGGCACACACUUUCUCUCAUUGCCUGUUU